AGGGGAACAGGGAAACGGAGAAGCUGCUGGAGGAGCUCGACAUGUCGCCAGAGGGGGUCUUCAAGAGGCAAAUGAAGCAGCAGGGUAUAGGGUUUUAGAAUGUCUCGCUGGUUGUCACUCCUGCGGCAAAGGCGCCAGUGGGUGCGCGCAUUUUCCAGCGAGAGCAGCGGCAGCAGCAGCGUCUCUAGGCAUGCUCAGGUGCUCCCGGUGUGGCCGGUUGGAACGGAGACGAGAUUCUCACAGAUGAUGUAUGUCGGAGAAGCGGGUAAGAGCAUUGAUUCUUACAAGAGCGAGGACGUCUCGGACUUCUGCGAGAUGCUGCUGUCCAAGCCUGAUAUCUUUCAAGGCCUCAAAGAGUGGGUUCGUGAGGGUAACACCUUCUCAAGCUCCUUGUUGUCCAAAGUCUACUAUCGAUUGGCGAAGAGGAAGUGCUACAAAGAGAUUCUACAGCUGCUGAGGGGUAUCAGGGAGGAAAACAUGGUCCAGACUACACAAACACACUACAUUUGGGAGAUGGCUAUAACUUGUCGGCAGCAAUCUACGUACGCAGCAGAAAUCUUUUACAACGAUAUUAUUCCAGCCCGUUUCAGAUCUGAGGAAGUAACAGCAGCGCUAAUCUUCAGCCUCGCAAAGAGAAACGCGCUCGCCAAGUCCGAGAAAUGGAUCGAACAGAUGACUGUGCUGUCUACAGAUCUCCUUAACAUGCUCAUGGCGUUGUAUUUGGACCGGGACAAGCACGACAAGGUUCUGGAAACGUACGAAAGAAUGUGCAAGCUCGGGCUGGAGCCGAGUAUCAACACUUACUUGAUGCUGCUCACUUACAAGGACAAGGCCGGUGGUGGCCUGGAAGGAAUCGAGAGAGAAGCAGAGGAAGCUGUCAAAAAUAUCGAUCUCGAUGCAGCGCUGAGAAAAACUCUGCAGGAGACAAUGGAAGUUUGCGGCUAUCUCGGGAAAGCAGCCAGUGUGGAAGAUAUCUGGAGCAGGCUGAAGAGCUUGAGCGGCACACAGGCUUGCGAUCAGUCGAGCUACCUCAGCGCCAUGGCAGCCUUCGGGCGUGUCAAGAACGUAGAAAGAGCCGAGCAGGUCUUCGAGGAGCUGCUCGCGCAGGAUUUGAGCAAAAGUCUAGCGAAUCCACACGCUGUCAUGGUCGAAGUUUACGUGAGCAACGGGCUCAUGGCCAAAGCGGAGCACGUCCUGAGGCACAGGUUGAACGAGGCGGUGUUUUCUCCAUACAACAGCCUGGUGAGAGGUUACAUUGCGAGCGGCGACACCGAGUUGGCGCUGGCGAGGCUCAAAGAAGGCGUCGCGGCGAUCCCCGCGAGACACAUCCGUCCGGCUUACAAGACGAUGAUGGCGCUGCUGCCCGUGUUUGCUGCUCGGAGGGACAUCGAUGGCGCCGAGAGGAUCAUGUUCCACUACCGUUUCAUCGGCGACGCCACCGUCUACAACGAGCUGCUCAAGGUGUACGUGGCUUGCAACGUGUUCCCGCUCGACUUCCGCAACAGGAUGAAAGGGAGCGACGUCGAAGGCGACGAGACGACAGAGGAGCUGUUUGAGAUGCUCGAUUCUUCCCCGUCCGCGGUUGUCAAAGAGCAGAGGAGAAGGCUCUACUCGGCGAACUGCAAGCAGAAGAUACCAUGGUAAACUUCAUACUCUCAGGUACGUGAGCUACACUUCUUUCCUGCAAGGAUUGCGGUGAUGUUUCUGUUACAGAAUGGAAGAAGUUCGUUCCUUCACCUGAAAAGAUAUCAUGGUAAACUCAGGUACGUGAGCUACAACACUUCCCUGCAAGGAUUGCGUUUGAUGUUUAUGCUACAGAAUGGAAGAACCAACUUGUCUCACCUGGACACGAGGAGGUUCUCUGAAGUUUCUAGUGCGACCAGUGUCAAGAAUAAUGUUACAAGAGCGUUGCUUCCGCGGCUUUCAUCUUCCAAGCGUCCAGCCUUUUCAACCGGACAGCGUUGGUGCCGUUGUUAAAGAGAAAGAGCCGAGCAGCGUCACCCUUUGCCAGCGUUGGAUGCACUCUGGAAGUGAUGCUGAUCUUCCCGCCCUGCCCAAACGUCUCCACCACCGAGUUGUCCACCAGAACUCGCAGCUCCAGCACCUCCACCUCCGCCUUCGCCACCUUGCGAAACACGGUUGGAUCAUCCAGGUGGACGAAGGCUCCAUGCAAAGCAGCAGCGGACAGAUCUUCCUCGGGAUGGUUUGCCAGUGAUGAUCGGCUGUGAUCGGCACAGACUAGAGCAACAGGGCCCUUUCUGGAUCUCCCGAGGUGGAAGAAGAUGGCGGUGUGCUCGGCGAGAUCUCCAGUGGCCAGCACCAGCAAUCCAAACGGUCCCAGGAUACCAUUCACUCGA